AUGUCGACGUUACAACCUUCUGCGUUGAAUAAGAAGAGCAAACGAGUUUAUAGCGUUGCUAGGGUGUAUCAGGAUGCUUGUGAGAAACGCCCUCAAGAGUACUGGGAUUAUGAACAAUGCGUGAUGAUUGAUUGGGGUAAGAUUUCGAACUAUGAAGUGAUAAAAAAGAUUGGUCGUGGUAAAUACAGUGAAGUUUUCAAAGGGAAAUCUGUAUUGAACGAUAUACCAUGCGUCAUCAAGGUUCUCAAGCCAGUGAAGAUGAAGAAAAUUUAUAGAGAGUUAAAAGUGUUAACUAAUUUGACAGGGGGACCUAAUAUAAUUGGAUUAUUGGAUAUUGUUCAAGAUCCAGGAUCCAAAAUCCCGGCAUUGAUCUUUGAAGAGGUGAAAAAUGUCGACUUCCGUACGCUUUAUCCAUCGUUUACAUUAUCGGAUACGCAAUUUUAUUUCACACAAUUGUUAACUGCUUUAGACUAUUGUCAUUCGAUGGGUAUCAUGCAUCGUGAUGUGAAGCCUCAAAACGUCAUGAUUGAUCCUAAUGAACGUAAGCUAAGGUUGAUCGAUUGGGGAUUAGCAGAGUUUUACCAUCCGGGAGUGGAUUAUAACAUCAGGGUGGCGUCUCGUUAUCACAAGGGACCUGAACUCUUGGUGAGCUUAAACCAAUACGAUUACUCUUUAGAUUUGUGGGCUGUCGGAUGUAUGAUAGCAGCUAUUGUUUUCAAGAAGGAGCCAUUUUUCAAAGGAAGCACGAAUGCAGAUCAAUUGGUGAAAAUUGCCAAGGUACUUGGUACGCAGGAGUUAUUCUAUUACUUGAAACAUUACGGAUUGGAUCUUCCUGCAGAAUACAACGAUAUCAUGAAGAACUACGAACGGAAACCAUGGAGCUAUUUCGCCAAUGAUAAGACGCCGUUGGCUGUGGACGAAAUAAUUGAUUUGAUCGACCAUUUACUACGUUAUGAUCACCAAGAGAGAUUAACUGCAAAAGAAGCCAUGGAGCAUAAAUUCUUCAAAAAAGAUUUCUCAUAG